AUGGACCAGUCUGAUCUCAGUCCACGGCAGACGGGCGAGGUGCGUGCUGACCCUGCCACGCAAAGAUCUUCGGAUCCCCACGGACCAACUCAUCUCAAUUCGCAUCAGGCGACCAUGCCUCAGGGUCAGAGCCAGGGACAAGGCCAGGAACCCCCGCAGCCUGCCAACGAGAUAACGCCCAUAGUCAGCCACAGCAGCUCUCACCAGCAGCGACGGUACAACUCCACGGAGAAUGUGCUGAGGAGCUCAGAUGGGGGGUCGGGGUCAGCGAAAUUCCCGACUCGCCAGCGCUCAGGCAACCAGAGUUCACUACGACAGAAUCCCGGGCCAGAAUCCGAAGAGCCUCAUGCGUCCUGGUACUCGCGGCUUGUAGACCGGUAUGGGAGUCUAGAACUGGAGAACAAGGGAAGUGUUGCGAGAGAUCAUCUUGCGCUAGAGCGCACAUUCCUUGCCUGGCUACGAACAUCACUAGCCUUUGCAUCAAUCGGCAUCGCCGUAACACAGCUCUUCCGUCUAAGUAACACGACAACUCAAAGCGCGAACGGGUUCGAGCUUACACCGCAAAGCGUUUCCUCAAUUAUAUCGCCUGGGUACGAUGGCAGCGCAUCGGUCAUAAGGAUAACAGAUACAUCCCAGCGCCUGCGCAGCCUAGGCAAGCCACUCGGCACGACAUUCAUCGGCGUCGCGAUCCUCAUCCUCCUCGUCGGGUUUCAUCGCUAUUUCGAAAGCCAGUACUGGAUCAUCAGAGGCAAAUUCCCUGCUAGCCGGGGCAGUAUCGCGCUCAUUGCUUUUGUGGCUGGUGCCCUGAUUAUCGCGGCGCUAGCUGUCAUUAUCGCUAUAUCCCCUGGCGCUAUUGAAACUUAA